AUGGGACGAUCACUGAAGCAGUUUGCUGACCGAUAUUGGUGCGAACCUGAAAAGGCCUGUAUCGAUGAAAUCAGCACCAUAGAAGACCAAUUUGGUGCAAUUCUUGACACCAUUAUCCUUGCGAAGGUGAUGGACAUGGCCUGCAUCUUUUUGCGUAUCCCAACUCAUUCAUACUAUCCCAGCUUUCAUUCGGGAGCUGCUGGAGCAAUGGACCGUGAAGCAACUAACCAACAAGAGAAUGUCUAUCAUGAUAUUUGCCUCCUGGUGAACAACCAGAAGGAUGAGUCCAUCAAAACCUACACCAAUGCCCUGUGUAAGAUUCCCUUAGUAUUCAUGGUACUCGCUCUAACUGUAAGGUUUGAACACUCAGACCACCUCAGAACUACAAUGAUCUUUGAGGAGACUUUUGAACAAAAUGUGCAACAUUGGAAGAAAGCUUUCAUUGAUGCCAUUGCGAUAUCACCACUCCUGCUCAUUCUGUACCCAGGUUCUGGAGAACAUAUCUCCAUCUCGCUUACUUUACAGGUCAGAGGACGACUUGCAUCUUAUGGAAAACCGGAACUCCUCCAACGUAUUGAGGAAAUGCUCUGGCGUUGUAUUAUCGGUGUCGUGUGGGGCUGUUGGACAAGUGACUCUGAAGGAGCGGAUACCUGGUUUUCUGAUGCAUUUGCUGCCCUUGUUCAGUGUAACCAAAUCCUUGGCCUGGAGGUUCAUAUAGGAUUGGCAAAUGUUGCUUGGCUUAAUAAUAGUCAAAACUUCGAGGGAGCUCGCAAGGUGGGACCCCAGGCAGAACAACGCAGAGGACGUUCAUCAUCGCUGGCACAGAAACACCGAGUAAAAUGGAAACCAAGGUCUUGCAGUGCUCCUCCUCAAUUACUUCUUAAUGCCUGCCACCUCCCAGCUUUUACACUUGGUUCGAUUCCCAAGGUUCACCGCCUCUUGACAUUGCAAGUGGAACAAUGGGGCCACAGACACUUUCCGGCGCUCUGGCCCCAUCCACCAAACACCGGCUUGAACAUUAACGACCUCCCCACCAUUGAGCUCGGUCAAAUCGGUGAAGACGGUUCUUUGUUUGUUCGAGCAAACAAGUAUCCCUUCUUGUAUCACCGAAAGAGGCAACGAUCUACAUCUGUAUCAGCUAGCCGAAAGCAACUAAAACAAGAUCGCAACCUAGCUCAUUCUGGAACAAUGGUUGAGUCUCCCCCCAUUUUAGUGGGUGAAAGAUACCAUACAUUCUAUCAUUUGCCAUUGCUUAGUAACGAGGUUCAAGAUCGAGCGUUGCUGGAUGGAUGGCAUAAGUGCUGUAUUAAUGCCUCAGUUUCACUUUCUGUAGCACCCGCUGUAGAGUCAGCGCUGGUAUAUCGCCUGGAUUUCGAUUUGGCCAUCAACAAUCCUGUUCGCACUCUUGAACAUUUUCGUGACCACAACAUACUAGUGGUUGGUGCAACGACAUCUCAGAUCACUUGGACACUGUCAUCACUUUCUAAGAUCAGAAAUCCUGAUGCAAAUCGAGAUUUUCAAGUGACAUGGGAGUUUUCAAACAGAUGUCUGUUAACACAGAGCGCAUCUUUCAGACAGAGGGGUAUCCUGCAUCCACCACCCACUUCUGUUAUCCAAGUUCAUUGUGGCCGCCAGCUUUGGUACCUCUUUCAACGUCGCAUUAAAAAGCAUGACAAGUUGAUACAUGUGUACCAUGACUGGGAUUCUGACUUCAUUAAUGACCCAAAGCAAUGGAAAGCAGAAGUUGUUGUCCUUGAGCCUGGUAAUGUCCUAGGACAACAUUUUUACACUACUACAACUUUGUCAAAAACCGUUUUGGGUCGGGUUGAUACUUAUAUACAUGGGGUCGAAAUCGAGAGAGUUCUGUACUUCCAACUGAGGGAUCUCCUCUUUCGACUGAUUUUGUACCUUGAAGAUGGGCUGAACACUGAUAGCAUAGAAAAUGAUUCGUCCAAAUUCAAGGUCAAUACAGCUGAAGGGCUUCUUGACAUAGUUGCACUCGGCAACUUGCUCCUCUCCCUUCCUGCCUUAGACAUUGUCACUAUUUUCGAUGCUCAUAAACCAGAUGCAUAUGGGCCACUCAGCGAGGGGAGACAGGCAUAUUUUGACAUAAUAUAUCGUCUUCAGGAGCAGUACUCUCUGAUUCUCUUUCCCGACACACCAUUUGCCCAUGAUGCAUUCACCAAACCUUUGGAUUCUCUGGUCUCACUUCGCAUUGCUGAUUUUGCAAAGACUUCUUGUUAG